AUGGAGCAUAGAAAAGGGGAAUAAAAUAAGGUAGAUGGAAUAUAAUUAGGGAAAAAAAUUUAAUUAUGUAUGAAUCACUAAUUUAUAUAUAAAUUCGUAUAAAUAACUAAUAGUAGGGGAGGAGUAUAUGAUGAAAACGGUUUAAAAAUGGAAAAUGAAUAUAACUCCAUGAAAAUUGGGAAUUGUAAUAAUUUCUAUUUUAUAUUUUAUAAAAGUAAUUUGGAUAUAACUGAAAAUGGACAAUAUUUAAAUGGAUUAAAAUGCGGUGUUAAGUAAACAAUAUUUAGAAAAUAUGAAAAUCAAGAAAUAAUGUAAAAAACUAUGAAUUUAAUAAUAGUGGUUGUGGAGCUUAUGAUGAAAAUGGAUUUAAACAUGAGAAAUGGAUUGAAUUACACAAGGGUUGGAGAGAGUUUUUAAUUUAGUUAUACUUAAGUUCUAAUUAAGUUACUUAUAAUGGAGAGUAUCAACAUGGAUUAAAAAGUGGCAAAUGGGAAAUUAUUUU